GGAGUGUUGAAUAUUUAUAUCGCCCUCUGGUCACUGCCCGUCAGUGGCCCCUGGAGCCGGUGUGGAUGCCAGGAUGCCUUGAUCAUUCACUGUACGGAAUAUAUGAUGUCUGUGUUGGAAUGAAGAGAUAACUAAUGACUGGUACAAACUGCCGGAGGAACUCAGUGGGUCAGUCAGCAUCUGUGGAGGGAAAUCACCCGUCAACAUUUCGGGCCGAGACCCCCCUCUGGACUGAGAGUAGGCGGGAAAUAGAAAAAAGAGCAUCACCAGCAAGUGAGGGUUUGCUGUACCAGGACCGACGAUUAGACAAGAAGGCGGCAAGUGACCAUCAACAGUCGUUGGUCAGAAUCAGAAUGGCUACAGAUCUGAACUCUGCAAUCUCCACCUUCUUGUCUAAUUGUGAUGAUCACCAACUGCUCCAGUUGACGAGAUUCUACAUGGAGCGACUGGAGCAGGCGAUUGAAGAGGGUGUGGAGGGUCUCGGCCUUAUGUUAACUGGCGAGGAUCACUUCACCGGACGAGAGUAUCACAGCGUGACUGAGCUGGCAGAGAAGGGAAACCGAGUAGGCGCUUCCAAACUCCUCCUGGAUCUGGUGAUGGAGAAGGGCUCCGGGGCCCGGAGGGUGAUGUGGGAAUCCUUUAUGAAACUACAUCACCAUUUACCGAAACUGAGCAGAAUACUGAAUGAAAUACGGGAACGUGGUGACGGCCAGUUCUCCUACAUGGACACCGUGCGGGGUUUAUCUGAAGUGCCCGCGCAUCUGAAAGAUGUUCAACAGAAACACAAGGAGACUCUGCGGGCACAAACUGAGACACUGAGAGUGAACACGAUCCUGAUGAGGGAGAAGGUGAAUGUUUUCCAGCUGGUUGAUCGAUAUGUUGAGCUCACGGUCAUUUCUACUGUUCGAGAUCGGAGACUGGUGGAACAUGAGCUGCUGGCAAGAGGUCAGGAUCAUGAAGAGUGGAGGGAGAAACAUCUUCGUGGAGAGCUGGAAAAAAUACAGACAGAUCAGUUAUUCAAGAGGAGUUAUUUACAAAAAAUAAAGAGCUCUUUCUAUGGAAGCAAAACUGGGAUUUCGGCGGCAGUGGCCGGAGUCCCGGGCAUCGGAAAAACAACAAUGGUACAAAAGAUUGUUUAUGACUGGGCCACGGGGAAAAUAUACCAACAAUUCAAUUUUGUCUUCAGUUUCAAAUUCCGGGAUUUAAACUCCAUUAACUGCAGAAUAAACCUGAGGGAACUGAUUCUGGAUCAGUAUCCCUACUUUGGGAAUAUCCUGAGAGAGGUCUGGAAGAACCCAGAGAGGUUGUUGUUUAUAUUCGAUAGUUUGGAUGAAUUCAAAGACCAAAUCGAUUUUGCUGAUAGUCGGAGAGAGACAGAACCUCAGUACACAUGCACUGAUCCGGAAUUCCGGUGCAGGGUGUCUGACAUUGUGUACAGUUUAAUCCAGCACAAGCUGCUCCCAGGGUGUUCAGUGCUGGUGACCACCCGCCCUGCUAUGUUACAUUUAUUGGAAGAAGCUCAGAUCAGUGUAUGGGCUGAAAUCCUGGGAUUUGUCGGUGAGGAACGGAAGGAAUAUUUCCUCAGGUAUUUUGAAGAUCAGACGGUGGCAGCAGCUGUUUUCAAACAUGUGAAGGAGAACGAGAUCCUGUACACCAUGAGCUACAACCCCUCCUACUGCUGGAUCCUCGCGCUGGCACUGGGCCCCUUCUUCACACAAAGAGUCAGGGACCCGCAGCGAGUUCCCAAGACCAUCACCCAACUGUACUCCUACUAUAUUUACAACAUCCUGAAAAACCACGGCCGUGAGAUUGAGAACCCCCGUGAUGUGUUUUUCAGGGUUGGUCAGAUGGCCUUCAGAGGAGUGUCCGGGAAGAAGAUUGUGUUUACAGAUGGAGAUUUGAUCAACUACAAUCUGCAGCCUUCCCAAUUCCUGUCCGGGUUCCUGCUGGAGCUCUUGGAGAGAGAGGAUUCUGCCCGGUGUGUGGUGUACACGUUCCCACACCUCACCGUCCAAGAGUUUGUAGCUGCAGUCGCACAAUUCCUGAAUCCACAUCCCGGAGAUAUCCUAAAAUUUCUCACUGAAGCCCACAACACGACAGAUGGGCGAUUUGAGGUAUUUCUCCGUUUUGUUGCUGGUCUCUCCUCUCCAAUGACAGCUCGGGGCCUGGAGGAGUUUCUGGGUCCAUUUCCUCAUCAAACAACCUGCCGGGUGAUUGACUGGGUGAAGGAGGAGGUUAAACGCCAGAGUGAAAACACGUGGAGUAAAACAGGUAAAAGGAGCCUCCUGAACACAUUGCACUACCUGUUUGAGUCCCAGAAUCGUGGACUGGCUCAGGCCGCACUGGGAUCAGUGGAAACACUUUCAUUAAGCAAAAUGACACUGACCCCGAUUGACUGUGCGGUCCUGUCUCAUGUCAUCGGACUCUGUGAUACAAUAAAACACCUCAACCUGUGGGACUGCCGUAUUCACUGUGAAGGACUCCUGCGCCUGGGACCAGGGCUGCACAAGUGCCAGGAGUUGAGUCUCGGUGGGAAUACCCUGGGAGAUUCAGGAGUGAAACUGGUGUCUGCGGCUCUGAGGAACCCGGAGUGUAAAAUACAGAAACUGGGGCUGGGGUAUGUGGGCCUCACAGAUUCCGAUGCCAAGGAUCUUUCCUUCGCUCUCCGAACAAAUCGAUCACUGACGGAGCUGGACCUGAGUGAUAAUGAACUGGGAGAUUCAGGGAUGAAACUGGUGUCUGCAGCCCUGAGAAUCUCCGAGAGUAAAAUACAGAAACUAUGGCUGUGGGGUGUCGGUCUUACACAUUCUGGUGUCGAGGUUCUCGUCUCUGCUGUCAGCACAAUCCGAUCACUGAUGGUGCUAGACCUGAGUGAUAAUAAACUGGGAGAUUCAGGAGUGAAACUGGUGUCUACGGCUCUGAAGAACCCAGAGUGUAAAAUCCAAAAGCUGUUGCUGGAGAGUGUCAGUCUUACAGAUUCUGCUGUCGAUGAUCUCGUCUCUGUUCUCAUUACAAUCCAAUCACUGACGGGACUGAACAUGGGAUCAAACUCGCUCACAGACCGAUCUGUCCCCACUCUCUGCCAUCUCAUACAGACCCUCCCGAAUCUGGAAAGGAUCGAUCUGGGGAACAAUCAGUUCAGUCGCACCGGGGAGGAGGAACUGAGCUCAUUGCAGAAACGCAGAUCCGGACUGAGAGUGACCCUGACAAAAUUUGAUUGACCCGCCCCCAGGAUGUGGAGCUUCUGGACGAUUUCCUGACCACGGCCAUCAAGGUUUAAUUCUCAAUGACCUAUUCUCCAGCCGAGUGCUCAGUCAGGCCUCCAGUCCCAUGAUCCUCUCAUAUCCCUUUUGCCAAUCACCUGUCCAGCUCUUGGCUCCAUCCCUCCCCGUCCUGUCUUUUCCUAUCAUUUCGGAUCUCCCCUCCCCCUCCCACUUU